UUAAAGUCCUUCAACUGUCUUAGCGCUAACCAAUCCUGACUCAUAAUGUCUCCAAUGAAAAAUGCAACAUUUUUCGACAGCGACUCUUUUCAAGCAGCAGUUUACCCCGCUUCAUAUAAAUAAUUCCAAGUUAGUUUGAUAUUCACUUCUUCACCAUCACUUGAUAGUUUAUUCUAAUACAUGUCAGUCGCUCUUCAUAACGCAUUCACCAACGCUAAAAAGCAAGGCCGCCCUGCCUUUGUCACUUUCCUUACGGCAGGCUAUCCCACGCCAAAUGAUACUGUCAGUAUUAUGUUAGCCUUGGAAAAAGGCGGUGCUGAUGUAAUUGAAUUAGGUAUACCAUUCACUGAUCCCCUUGCUGAUGGUCCAACCAUUCAAUAUGCCAGCACAAUUUCAUUACAAUACAGAACUGAUAUUCCUAUGUGCUUGCAAAUGGUUCGCGAAGCACGCGCUAAAGGAUUAAAGGUCCCAGUAGUAUUUAUGGGUUAUUACAACCCCAUUUUAAUGUACGGCGAGGAAAAGAUAGUACAAGAUUGUAAAGAAGCUGGUGUCAAUGGUUAUAUUUUGGUUGAUUUACCUCCUGAAGAAUCUCAAAGCUUCCGCGGCAUCUGUUAUAAGCACGGAUUGUCGUAUAUACCUUUAAUCGCACCCUCUACUUCUGAAAACCGCAUCAAGAUCCUUGCAGCACUCGCCGACUCUUUUAUUUACGUCAUUUCACGUAUGGGAGUUACAGGUGCCAGCCAAACUGUCAAUACCGAAUUGCCUGCACUUGUUUCCCGUAUCAAAAAAUACACUGAUGUGCCUUUGGCUGUUGGUUUCGGUGUUUCAAAUCGUGAGCAGUUCGUGGAAGUGGGUGCUCACUCGGAAGGUGUUGUUAUCGGCUCUCGUAUUAUUACUGUUAUCAAAGAAGCAGCAGAGGAAAAGAAGGAUGUACCUGACACUGUUUAUACAUAUGCUGCAGAGGUUACUGGUCGCAAAGAUCCUGUUGAAACCAUAGCCGGUGUUGAUGUCGAGCUUGCUGAUCUCGAAGUAAAUGAUGCUGCUGGUAAAGGUCCGUUCUCCCCUGAUGAUAUCAAAAAAUUAUACCAACUUGAUCCUCGUUUUGGCAACUUUGGCGGUUGUUACGCUCCAGAGGCACUCGUUGAAUGCCUUACUGAACUCGAAACCUGCUUUGUUAACGCAAUGAAUGAUCCUAAAUUUAGAGACGAAUUCGAAUCGUACUACGACUACAUAUCGCGACCUUCACAGCUUCAGCUUGCCAACCGUCUAACAGAAGAGGUCGGUGGUGCCAGGAUAUGGUUAAAGCGUGAGGAUCUAAAUCACACUGGUUCUCACAAAAUUAAUAACGCUGUUGGACAGAUAUUGUUGGCUAAGCGUCUGGGUAAGAAACGUAUCAUUGCUGAAACAGGCGCGGGUCAACAUGGCGUGGCCACAGCAACAGUGUGUGCUAAAUUCGGAUUAGAGUGCAUUGUUUAUAUGGGUGAAGAGGAUUGUCGACGACAAGCUCUCAAUGUUUUCCGUAUGAAAAUGCUAGGAGCUACUGUAAUUCCUGUCAAGAAUGGUUCAAGAACUCUGAAAGAUGCGAUCAAUGAAGCCAUGCGUGACUGGGUCACGAAUGUCACAACUACACACUACCUUGUUGGCUCUGCUAUUGGUCCUCAUCCUUUCCCACAAAUUGUUCGUGAAUUCCAAUCUGUCAUCGGCAAAGAAACGAAGCGUCAAAUGCUUGAAAAAAUAGGCAAAUUACCUGACGCCGUUGUUGCGUGUGUUGGUGGUGGCUCAAAUUCUAUUGGUAUGUUCCAUCCAUUUGUUGAAGAUCAAACUGUAAAAAUUAUUGGUGCAGAGGCUGCUGGUGACGGUGUAGAUACAGAUAAGCACUCUGCAACACUAACAAAGGGUACUCCCGGUGUGCUUCAUGGUACUCGUACCUACCUUAUCCAAGAUGAAAAGGGUCAAAUUAUUGAAACACACUCCGUCAGUGCUGGUUUAGAUUAUCCUGGUGUAGGGCCAGAACAUGCAUAUCUUAAAGAUAGUGGAAGGGCUGAAUAUGUCGCUGUAGAUGACGCACAAUGCCUAGUCGGUUUUAGAAAGCUGACUCAAUUAGAAGGCAUUAUUCCUGCCUUAGAGUCUUCACACGCAAUUUACGCCGCUAUGCAAGUUGCUGCAAAAAUGUCCAAGGAUGAAGAUAUUGUCAUUUGUCUCUCGGGUAGAGGAGAUAAGGAUAUGCAUACCGUUGCUGAAGUACUGCCUCGAUUAGGUGCCCAAAUUGGUUGGGACUUACGAUUCUAAGCAUAGAGUUCCGUAAAUUCUUGCAUUAUUUUUUACCCUUUGUAUAUUUUUUCAUCCAUAAAACCGAACAUUGUACAGUGCGCAUGUCAAACAGGAUUUGCUGUCUUUUAUGAUAAUCAUUUAUCUGUGAGUAGCUUGAAGAUAUUUUU